CCCCCCCCCCCCCAAUUCCCUCCGAUUCAUCUCUGUCAAGAUGGCUUCGAGCAACGAUGUCUAUCAGACCCCUCUCAACUCUCGCUACUCCAGCGAUGAGAUGAAGUAUCUCUUCUCCCCCAGGAACCGCUUCUCGACCUGGAGACAGCUGUGGCUCUGGCUUGCCGAGUCCGAGAAAGAGCUCGGUUUGCCGAUCUCCGAUGAGGCCAUUGAGCAGAUGAAGGCUCACCUCACCAUCCAGGACGACGAAUUCAAGGUUGCUGCCGAAGAAGAGAAGCGUCGGAGACACGAUGUUAUGGCCCACGUCCAUGCCUAUGGCCAGGUCGCUCCUGCCGCCGCCGGAAUCAUCCACUGGGGUGCCACCUCCUGCUACUGCACCGACAACGCAGACCUGAUCUUCCUCCGGGACGGUCUCGAUAUCCUCAUCCCCAAGCUCGCAGUCGUCAUUGACAAGCUGUCUGCCUUCGCUAAGCAGUACAAGGACCUGCCCUGUCUGGGCUUUACCCACGGACAGCCCGCUCAGCUUGUUACCGUCGGAAAGCGCGCAUGCCUGUGGAUCCAGGACUUGCUCAUGGACUUGAAGAACCUCGAGAGAGCUCGCGAUGACCUGCGUUUCCGUGGUGUCAAGGGUACCACCGGUACCCAGGCCUCUUUCCUCCAGAUCUUCGAGGGUGACCAUGACAAGGUUGAGCAGUUGGAUGAGCUUGUCACCAAGAAGGCUGGCUUCAACUCUGCGUUCAUCAUCUCCGCCCAGACCUACACCCGUAAGAUUGAUGUCGACGUUGGCAAUGCCCUCGGCUCUUUCGGCUCGACCUGCGAGCGCAUUGGCAUUGACAUCCGUCACUUGGCGAUGCUGAAGGAGGUCGAGGAGCCUUUCGAGAAGGACCAGAUCGGUAGCAGUGCUAUGGCUUACAAGCGUAACCCCAUGCGGUCCGAGCGUCUGUGCUCUCUCGGAAGACACCUCCAGAACCUUCCCAAGGACGCCUUGGACACCUACUCGGCCCAGUGGUUCGAGCGCUCCCUUGAUGACAGCGCUAUCCGCCGUAUCAGCAUUCCCGAGCUUUUCCUCUCCGCUGAUGCCUGCCUCAUCCUUUUGAACAACGUCACCUCCGGCUUCGUUGUCUACCCCGAAGUUAUCAGACGUCAUGUCAACGAUGAGCUCCCCUUCAUGGCUACUGAGAACAUCAUCAUGGCUUGUGUGAAGAAGGGCCUGUCCCGCCAAGACGCCCACGAGGAAAUCCGUGUCCUCUCCCACCAAGCCUCCGACAACGUCAAGAAGCUCGGCCAGAACAACGACCUGCUCGACCGCGUCCGUCGCACUGCCUUCUUUGCGCCCAUUCUGGAUGAGCUCGACGCUCUCCUCGAGCCCAGCACCUUCGUCGGCCGCGCUCCCCAGCAGGUCGAGAAGUUCACCUCUACCGAGGUGAAGCAGGCUCUCAAGCCGUACGAGGCCCAGAUUGCCAAGGCCGAGACCUCCGCUCUCUACGUCUAAUUUCGCGCACAUACUUCUCAUCGAACUAACAGGGCAAGCAGGCAGGACACAAAAUGGAUAGAUGAUGGGACAAUACGUAUUAUACCAUGCAAAAGCGAAAUCGUCAUGCGAGUUGUCAACAAAGAUUUGUUUAAAUAAACGAUAUGUUCAAGACGGGAGAAAGAAAAGCAAUCUCAGCAGAUUCCAGCAGCGCAAGAGUCCAUGUAUAUAGAUAGUAAUUGAUGAGAUGAUACGAGAUGUUAAUAAUGCAUAUUGGUGGGCUUCAAUUCAAA